GGCCUGCAGGGUGCAGGGUUCUUAGCGUCAACUUGCAAACACCAUCUACGUACAUAGAUAUAUAUAUAUAUUGAUACAUCUGCCUAUAAAUUAGCCUGCAGGGUGCAGGGUUCUCAGCGUCAACUUGCAAACACCAUCUACGUAGAGAGCGACAAAAGAUAGACAUGCACUGCUCAUUCUCUCUCCGGGUCCCCUCCACUGGUACUCAUCGCCGCAUCACUUUGCCGGCUCCAUCUACCAAACCCCAGCAACCACCAGUCACCGCCGUGGCAGCUCCGCCUCAACGCCCCCGGCAAGUUGCCCAUUCCAUCCCGCCGGAGACGGCGGAGCUGUUCAAGUCGCUAGAUGGGUGGGCCACCCAACACGUGCUGCCCCUCCUCAAGCCCGUGGAGCAGUCCUGGCAGCCCCAGGACUUCCUGCCGGACCCAGCACUGCCGUCCGAUGAGUUCGCCGAUCAGGUGCGAGCCCUGAGGGACAGGACGGCAGAGCUGCCGGCGGAGUACUUUGUGGUGCUGGCAGGCGACAUGAUCACGGAGGAUGCGCUGCCCACGUAUCAGUCGUUCGUGAACAGGCUGGAAGGGGUGGGAGAUGAGAGUGGAACCAGCCCCGACCCGUGGGCGACAUGGACCCGGGCAUGGACUGCAGAGGAGAACCGGCAUGGGGAUCUGCUCCGGGCCUACCUUUACCUCUCGGGUCGGGUCGAUAUGCGGAUGGUGGAGCGUACGGUGCAGUACCUUAUUGGAUCUGGCAUGGACCCAGGAACCGAGAACAACCCGUAUAUGGGAUUCGUGUACACCUCAUUCCAAGAGCGCGCCACCUUUAUCUCGCACGGCAACACGGCGCGGUUGGCCAACGACGGCGGGGAUCCGAUGCUGGCGCGCAUAUGCGGCGCCAUCGCCUCCGACGAGAAGCGCCACGAGCACGCCUACUCUCGGAUCGUCGGGAAGCUUCUGGAGGUGGAUCCCACCGGCGCGAUGCUCGCCAUAGCCACCAUGAUGCGCAAGAAGAUCACCAUGCCCGCCUACCUGAUGCGCGACGGGCGGGACCCGCUGCUCUACGACCACUUCUCGGCCGUGGCCCAGCGGCUCCGGGUGUACACGGCGGACGAUUACGCCGACAUCCUCGAGGUUUUGAUCCGACGGUGGGGAUUGGAGACGCUGGAGGGGCUGACCGGCGAAGGUGCACGUGCUCAGGAGUACGUGUGCGGGUUGGCGCCCAGGAUCCGGAAGCUGCAAGAGCGGGCCGACGACCGAGCGAGGAAAAUGGAGCCCCGAUGGGCGAGGUUCAGCUGGAUAUUUGACAAGGAGGUGGCUUUGCAUUAAUGAACUAAUCGUGGGUUUAAAUGAUUGGUGGGUUUGAAAUGUUAACUAGGCGGGUGGGUACGGGUAAGGAGGGGCGGGUAAGUGGAUCCGGGUGGGUAGGCUAGUGGGUUCCUAUGUAUGGUAAUGUUGUAACUAUGCAGUGAUUAAGUUAGUCCUUUGUAUUUUAAUUUAUGAUUAUACUAUUAUAGGUAUGAGUAUGGGUCGGUACGAGGGAGUAUAACUUACUAAUACCCACCAUAUUAUUUAUAAUGGAUAUGAGUGGAUGGCUGUAUAAGUGUUGUCAUUUUUAUAUAUGACAAUUUUAUAUAUUAUUUUAUAAAGAUUAUGUUAUCUGUA